CGGAAGUUCACCGCGUUCGUUACAACCAGGGUUGGGGUUGUUUCGGGGGUGGGCCAAUCGCGCCCCUUGGAGCCCGCUCGCGGAAGGCUUCAUUGUAUGAGGAAUUAGGCACUGGGGCCUUUUUCCAUCGGAGAAGUCCAGUUCCCUUUGGUUUCCAUCGGGUUUGGCAUCGGGUCGGGGGUUUUGUAUCCCCGUGCGAAACUUUGCGCGCGAUCGAUCUACGUUUAUGGUCGAUUCGGCACGGUUACGGCCUCUUUGAUGGGGCUCGUCUGGUCGGGGCAGGCGGGGGAACGGGCCCACGAGGUUUUUGAACAGUUCUGGUGGCGUCUCAGAAGGCGCCUGAGCCACGUUGGGGCUGAGCCCAGGCUGUUCAGGGUUGGGGGGGCGCUGCGCCGCGUGGUGGCGUCCAAUGGAUUUGGUGGUUGGGUUCGGGGGCCGCCACCUUUGGGUGGUGGCGCUAAAUUGUUUUGUUUCUUUUGUUGUCCUAUCGUGGGUGAGCCUACGCUUGGAUGGAGGAGGGUUUGCGAGGCCGUUUCCAGACGGUUUUGUUUGUGUGGGAUUGCCCGUGUGCUUGUAGGCUGCUCGCACUAGUGUACGCGGCCUUUGGGUGGUACUUUCCAGAUGUACUAUGGGCUAGGCGGGAUUUUGUGUUGGGUUGGCUUACCUCAUGGAACGUAACGCCUUGGGAUAGAGGGCCUGAUGGAAUGCUUCCCUCCAGUUAGAAAAUUUAUUAUAUUUGGCAUGGG